UUUCUUCUCAAAGCUACGACCAGAUAUGGAAGCAGUAGUGACACGACGGAUGGAUUUAUUUGAGUGCUUGGCCUAGACUGAAAUCGGGUUUGUUUCAAAGGUGGAAAUCAGUGAAGGCAACAGCAACACAACAAAUUUGUGGGGUUUUGAAGUCGGAUAGAGACUGAAGUUUAGUCGAUAAGAGAAGCCAGGAGAUGGGAAUGAAGAUGAGAUCGAUUAUUUUGGGGGUUUCUAGAUUUGGUUUGAACUGAAUUUGAAGAUUAUAGUAGCGACAUCAACAAGAGCUGUAGGAGAAGGGUAUGGACUGGAUUCAGCCAAGAUUCAGUGAGAAGAAGAAGUCUUGACAGUGGAACCAGUUGCUAGCAGUGAUGGAUUUCGUCUACCUGUAUGAAAAGAAGGAACUGGUGGUGCUAGAUGAUUCAAAUUAGUGUUUGUUGCCAUCGAAUCGUGGCUGCAGUUCUCGUACACAGCAAAAGUUUGGGGGUUCUUCAUUUAAACUGAAAUUGAGUUCGAUUUGAGGUUUCUGUGGGAUUGUGCAUCGAGAAGAUAUGGCCAGAGCAAUGCAGGCAGUGGUGAUGAUUUGACUGCAACAUGAAUGGGUUUACUCUAAUUGUCUACAACAGCAACAAGACAGGGAGUGUCUAUUCUUGAUGGAUGAGUAAAUGGAAGUCAUUGAUGAUGUUCUAGUACCUCUAUUAAGUUUGUUUUACUGGUGGUGAGAAUGAUAGCAGUUCCGUGUUCUUCUAACUGUGACCAGCAGCGCAAGCACUUGAGGCAGUUGUGGUUGUGUGUAUGGAAAUGAAAAAGAUUCGUUGAAUGGAGGUGACGCGUAGUUGGUUCUCGGUAGUGACUGAAUUGGUUUUAACUGAUGGGUGCUGAUGUCGUGGUUGUAUGGUCUGUAACAGUGAAUGUGUGAAGAUGAAAGUGAAGUUGAGGUUCUGUUUGUUGGAUUUGGGAAGUAGUAGCCAGACUUGGUGAAGGCCUGAGUUUGGUCAGAAUCAGAAAUGGUGCAUAGUCAGUUGAGGAAGAGAUAAAACUAUUCCCUCAAUCUAGGAAGGGUUUGAAUCAGUCAUUAGAGAUGGGUGUGUUGUGUACCCAAUGGAGAGAUGAAUAAGGAAGGAAAACAUGGUUGAAUCCGGAAGUCAGAGAACAAGUCACAGCAGUUGUGUAUAAAGGAGGACAACAAUCAACCGAGAAGAGAAGGGGAGUAAGGUAGCUCUAAAGACUUGGCGACGUUAGGAGCUGCUACGGGUGCAGGGAACAAGUGUUGUUUCUUCAGUUGUGAUUAGGCUGAAAUAUUGCUGAAAUCACAGCCAUUUGGGUAACAUUGUAUCUUUUUAUUGUGUAUGCAAUAUUCUAGGUUUGAUCAUUUUAAUCGACUGCGUAAUUAUCACCGUUUAGGUAAUAGGGUAUUAAUGAAUCACCCUAGUCAUCCAAUGGCAUGUGAAGGUGAGAGAUUAGCGGUUGAGGAUGAAGCUGUUAGAAUAGUUGCUGAGGCCGCAGCCAAUGCUGAUGGACCUAGAACCCUUAGGGAUUAUUUGCAUCCAGAAAGGACUUCUACACCUUCUUGUAUAGUACUUCUGGCUAACGCUGGCAACAUGUCGAUUAAGUAUGGGCAGAUACAAGUACUGCCUAAGUUUCAUGGAUUGUACUCCGAGAGUCCAUACAUACAUUUGAGAGAAUUUGAUGAGGUGAAAGUUAACAUUCCUCUCUUGAGUGUGAUUAAGCAAAUUCCAGCUUACGCCAAGUUCAUGAAGGUCCUUUGCACCGUCAAAAGGAAGCAUAAUAUGCAGAAAAAAGCAUUCCUCACGAACAGGUAAGUGUUAUUCUUAAACACAACACUCCUCCCAAAUAUAAAGAUCCGGGGUGCCCUACUAUUUCUCGUAUAAUAGGGAAUUUUGUGAUCAAACAAGCACUUUUGGAUUUGGGAGCUAGUGUAAACCUCCUACCGUUCUCGGUGUAUGAGCAUUUGGGCUUAGGUGAAUUAAAACCCACCUCAGUCACUCUACAACUUGCGGACAGAUCAAUUUAAGUACCGAGAGGGGGAGUUGAGGAUGUGUUAGUUCAAAUCGAUAAAUUUUACUAUCCAGUGGAUUUUAUUAUUUUGGAUUCUCAACCUGUGGUUAAUGCUAAUAAUGAAAUACUUAUCAUUUUAGGUCUC